AUCUUGAUUUUUCAGUUCUCUCUAUCAGUUUUUUUUCAGUUCUCUCUAUGUUUUUUUCAGUUCUCUCUAUCUAUCGUGUUUUUCAUUCUCUCUAUCUUGAUUUUUCAGUUCUCUCAUAUCAGUUUUUUUCAGUUCUCUCUCUAUGUUUUUUCAGUUCUCUCUAUCUAUCGUGUUUUUCAGUUCUCUCAAUCUUUUUUUUUCAGUUCUUUCGAUCUAUCUUGAUUUUUUUCAGUUCUCUCUAUCUUGAUUUUUCAGUUCUCUCUAUCAGUUUUUUUCAGUUCUCUCUAUCAGUUUUUUUCAGUUCUCUAUAUCAGUUUUUUUCAGUUCUCUCUGUUUUUUACAGUUCUCUCUCUAUUUUUCUCAGUUCUCUCUAUCUAUCGUUUCAAUAUCUAUCUAUCUAUCUAUCUAUCUAUCUAUCUAUCUAUGUUGGUAUAUUCGUAUAUAUCUGUCUAUCUACCGUGGUCUAUCUAUCUACCUUGGUGCCUUCAUAUCAAUCUAUCUAUCUAUCUGUCUCUCUACCGGGGUAUCUAUCUAUCUAUCUAUCUAUCUAUCUAUCUAUCUAUCUAUCUAUCAUUAUCUAUCUAUCUAUCUAUCUAUCUAUUAUCUAUUUAUUUAUUAUAUCUGUUUUUCAAAUCUAUCUAUCUAUCUAUCUAUCUAUCUAUCUAUCUAUCUAUCAACCCUGUUUUCAUAUCUAUCUAUCUAUCUAUCUAUCUAUCUAUCUAUCUAUCUAUCAACCCUGUUUUCAUAUCUAUCUAUCUAUCUAUCUAUCUAUAUCAUUAUAUCUAUCAACCCUGUUUUCAUUAUUCAUCUAUCUAUCUAUCUAUCUAUCUAUCUAUCUAUCUAUAUAUAUCUAUCUAUCUAACCCUGUUUUUAUUAUCUAUCUAUCUAUCUAUCUAUCUAUCUAUCUAUCUAUCUAUCUAUCUAUCUAUCUAUCUAUCUACGUUGGUAUUUUCUUAUCUAUCUAUCUAUCUCUCUACCGUGGUAUCUUCAUAUGUAUGUUUGUCUUUCUAUCUACCCUGGUAUUUUCAUAG